AUGUCGUAUUACAACCGUUAUCGUAACCGUAAAAGGCCUGGACAGAUUGGAUCCAAUGAUCAGCCCGCUGGCGGCGAAAUAGGUCACGAAACUGCCGAAUUAAACGCUAUUUUUGAUCUCGGAAAGAAUAAAAGGGUCACCGUUAGGCAGUUCCGGAACAUCAAUUUAAUUGAUAUAAGAGAGUACUACUUGGACUCCGCGAGUGGAGAGAUGAAACCGGGCAAAAAGGGUAUCUCACUCACGGAAGACGUUUACGACGAACUGUUGUUGCACAGGCAAAAUAUUGACGAUGCGCUGCGCCGACUGGGAUCGCGGAGACCUCGAACGAAAACGGUGAACGUGUUGGAUGACGAGGUGGCGGCUGGACGCGGAGUCGUCUCGACAGGGGCAAGUCGCGAGACAUCUGAAGCGCCACGGCCAAAAAAGCCAAAACGGGAAGUCUCGAGACAAGUGACGCCCGCGCCGCCACAGGGCACUCCUGACGCCGAGAAUCGACUCAAAAAUGAACGGGAGUCGCGCGCACAGCUUGUGGUACCGACUUCCAACAAUAAUCCCAGACUUGAUGACCAUAUGCCAAUACCGUCGAAAACCGUGACAGAGGAGUCCGAUCUGGACGGCAGCGACGAGGACUUUGCAUUAGCGUUGGAAUCAGAGGUCAAGGACGUGAACGACGCCAACAGUAGCGAGGAAGAGUGA